AACCAUUCACGUGAAAACUAGACGUUUCUGCGUGAAUCAAGUUCAGGCUAUUCUGUCCUCUCCCGUUCAAUGAAUCAGUUGACUCAGCGAAUCAGGUUCAGGUGACAUGUUUGGGUGUGUGGUGGUAGGCGUUGGCAUGGCGGGCCGGGUCAGGAUCCGAGACCUUCUCACGCCUCUGCCAUCCAGCACUGCAGAAAUCUUCACUCUUAAGGGCUUGGUGUCUAGGAGGACAAUGGAGCAGCAGGGAGUCCAACAGAUCCCUUUAGAGGAGGCGCUGAGCCGCAGCGACAUUCAGGUGGCCUUGUUGUGCACGGAAAACGUCAGCCACGAAGAAUACAUCAGCCGGUUUCUUGAAGCAGGGAAACACGUGUGUGUGGAGUAUCCCAUGGCCCUCAGCUACAGUGCUGCCGCUAACCUGUUGGACCAAGCGCAGCAGAAGGGUUUGGUCCUGCACGAGGAACACAUCGAGCUCCUCACGCCCGACUUCAAGCAGCUGAAGAAAGAUAUAGCUGGGAAACAGCUGGAAGAGGGAAGCCUGCAUUUCACAGGAGGUCCGCUCAAGAGUGGAUUCGGGUUCCUGUCGUUCAGCGGCAUUGCCCGCCUCACCUGGCUGGUGGAUCUUUUCGGAGAGCUCAGCGUUAAAGAGGCGUCGAUGGUCGAGGAGCCAGAGAGGAAGCACACCAAGAUGACGGUCUGCUUGUUAACCGAGGAUCAGAAACCCUUGACCUGGACAGAGGAGCGUGCUGAAGGCCUGAGCCGUGGCAAACGCAUCCACCUGCGCUUCACCACGUGCACACUGACCGAGCUGCCGUCUGGAGUCCAGGAGCCCGUGGGAAUCUUCAUGCAGGACCUAGUGCUGUUCGGGAGCAAACUGCAAGGCACCGUACCGCCCGAACAACUCCAGGCUGAGCGGAACAGAAUCCUUCACUGCUUCAAGCUGGCAGAGGACAUCAGGACACUCUGCCAGGACAACACGAAAUAACUUACAAGGGAGGGAAAGAGAGAGAGAGAUGGAGAUGGCCCAGGACUUACAACACGUCAGCUUUUUAAGCAGAUCUGUAUCAUGGUACCUAUAGAUUAAUCUUUAAACAAGCUUUGAAUUUAUGCACCAGUAGGCUUUGACAAGGUGAAAAAAGUUUCAGCAUUAAUAAACGAGAAGAUUGGAA